AGCAAAGCUAUAAGAUCUUUGGUCGGAGCUGCGAUAACGACGGGUUUUUUAUAAAUAAAAGUAAAAAUGGCUUCUGGAACUGGUCAAGCUAUUUCUUCAGAAGAACUUCGGAGAAGACUUUAUCAGACGUUCAAAAACAGAGGUGUCUUGGAUUCUUUAAAGUCUCAGCUUCGAAAUCAGCUUGUUCAUGAGCUAACACGGCCGGAUUUAAAUGGACGUUUACUUUCACAUGGUCACCAUCGACAGCAUUCUUCUACGGAUGAAAACUCACUAUUAAUUAUGGCAGCAAAUAGCAUUGUAGCCGAUCACCUAAGCAGGACAGGAUACGAGUACUCACUGUCCGUCUUCUUUCCAGAAUGUGGCUUAGAAAAGGAGAAGGUAUUUACAUCAAAAGAUCUGCUACAGAUCAUGAAAAUAAGCUCAAGAUCAGAACUGUACAAGUCCAUUAUCUCACAUCAUCAAAAGGACCAUCACAAAGGAUUUCUUAUUCAAUUCCUGAUGGAGCUGACUGAUCAUCGCCUAACAAAAGACUAUCGAGAUGCAGAGGUCCAGACCAGCUGUAUUCCACAGUAUAAGGAGUCUAUUGUUGACAAACUUCAAAUGAUUGACGAAGAAUAUGCGACUUAUCAACCAACAAAUAUGCAAGAGGACUUUUGGGAAACAAAACUACUUAAAUAUCGCAAACAGAUAGAAGAACAACUUCAGGCAGAGCUACAGCAAGAGGUGCAGCAUUUUAAGGACGUGGAAUUAACUAAAAUUCAGAUUCAGGAAAAGGAGCGGUCAAGGAAGGAUGGCGAAGACCACAGAUUGAAACUAGAUAAAAUGUACCAAUUGAAAGCUGAAACGUUAAUUGCAAGAGAGAAGAAUGCUAUUGAGAGACUUCAGAAACAGCAGGAGGUUGAGGAGAAAGAAAUCUAUAUGCAAAGGCAAAGUUUACUGAAAGAUAUUGAAGCUCUACGUAAUAGAGAAGUAGAACUUAGGCAACGAAUUGAAUCCUUUGAGUUGACCCAGAAUUUGCAUGGGCAGAAGAACAAGAGUAUAGAAGACAGUCUCCAAAGACGGGAGCUGUCAGUAAAAAACAUCGAGGAGUCUUACGAGCAAAAGCUUAAGAAUGAACUGUGCAAGUAUCAGCUGGAACUGCAGGAUGAUUAUCGGAAAAGAAUGGAGAAAGUGGCAGUAAAUGAGAAAAGAAUUGAAGGAGAAGCAGCUCGGUUACAUGAAGAAUCUCUUAUCAUACAGUCCAGUAAAGAGGAACAUCAACAAACCCGCGCUCAAGCGAUGAAGUUGGAGGUUGAACUAAACGAAGCCAAAAGCCAGAUUUGUUUGCUCAUGAAGCAGAAUGAGCUACUGAAUGAAAGAUUACAGGACACAGCUGACCAUGCAUCGUUAAAGACUGAAAAUAUACAGUUUCAGACUGAGAUCAGACUCCUCCGGAAACAGUUGGAUGAAGCUCGUUGCGAAAAUCAGACACUGUGUACAAUGUUAAACGAACCUUCUGCUGCGCACACAGCACUUCAAGCUGAACUGAAGAAAACAGAAUAUUCCAGAAAGCUUGAGCAGGAUGAAUAUCAAAGGCAGAAAGAAAUAUUUGAGCAACAGCUGAAGAAUGAGGUGGAGCGCUGUGCACAGGUGAGAAGCCAACUUUUGGAAUUUGACGAUCAAACCAGAAGGCUGAAUGGGCAGGUUGAUGAUUUGAAACUUCAACUGCGGCAGACACAGUUGGCUUUGGAGAAUGAAGUGUUCCGUAAUCCCAAGCACUCACUGCUUGAUCGGUCAGACAUUGUACCUGCUGAUACUUACGUAGAUACUGGUAUACCCAGGAGCAGGGUAGUGUUUGAAGAACGCCUCUUUUAUCCAGGUGCUGGCACGUGUGCAAAUUACUCUAAAUACAUUGGAACGCCAAAUUCUUCAUCAGAUUCAGACCAAGAUUUUGUUGCUGGAGCCAAGGCUCGAAUAAGAGAGCUGGAAAAGGAGUCAGAGAAUCUCGAGGAAGCCUAUAGAAACUACCAAAAUAGGGUUAUUCAAACUGCUAUUCAGAGGAGUUCGGAGAGUCAAUAUUUUUCUCAAUUGCCAGUUAACAGUAUUCUCAGUAAAAUGUCAUCUACACACCAGCACAGAGUGACAUUCGCAGACUCUUUUCUUUCUUCCAAUCAGUUAGAGCUCUCAACAAGGCAGCAAAUAUCUGAAGGAAGUCAUCGACCAGUAAAUAAAUUUGAAGAUUACCAGACUCCCCCUGUAUGUCUGUUCACACCCCCAAAAUAUAGCUCUUCAACCCCGGUCAAACAGAAGCUUGAAUACGGAGCACGAGUGGAGACCUCAGAAGGUACGAUUCAUCAGAAGUGUGAGGAUAGAUCAUUUAUGACCUGUGUUCCCGGUGUAUCAGAACAUCAGUCAUCAAUUACAACCAGUCAAGUACAAUCCUGUGAUUUUCAAGUUGUCAAUACAGCAAAUUGUCCUUUAUCCGUCAUCUGUGCUGCGAAUGAAAGGUCAGAAAAUAAUCAGAUUGAUAAUCCUGUGUCUAUGCCUUCAACAUUUCCAAGGUUUAAAGAGCGACUCGAUCAACCUGAUGAUCAGUGUGAAAUCAUGCAAGAAGGCAUUUCAAUGCUUAAUGAGAAUGUAUCCCAGUGGUGGCAAGAAAACGGGGAUAAAGGCUCUGUUUCUUCACAAGGCGAAAAGAUAAUUUCCACUCCAGCAGAUGCAUGUAAAAUGGAACGGAUUGAAGAUGUGAGCAAACACAGCGAAGAAGAAGAAAGCAAAGAAGAAGAGGGGGAAAUCGGGGAAGACGAUGGAGAAAGCAAAGAAGACGAGGAUAAUCAAAGGGUGAAAGAAAACUCAUGGGAAGAUCAGAUACAAAGGGAUCGGGAGAAACAAUGUCUGGAAAUCCAGGGAUCACGGGAAAGAGAAGAGGCAGAACCGGAAUUACAAGAGCAGGAAAACAUGGAGGAAAAACCAGUGAUGGACCAAGGCGGACAAAGCCCAGAGGGACAGACUCCAGAAAUUGUAGAAUUACCUGCUUCAAGUGCAGACCUGUUGGAAAAAUAUAUGAAACUAGUUCAACAGCAGAAGGAAGAAGAACAACAGCAGGAUGAGAGCUCGAAGAAGGACGUGGGAGAUGAGAGUUCUUUAUUCCAAACACUGUCUGAUGGGAAAAUUGGCAGUCCUGCAGCUUCACAUGAAGAGACCGAGGAAACAUUCUGGUGAAUUUGCCACCGAGCAGCUGACCUUUAUAACAGGCCUAGCACAGAAAGCAUUUCAGCUACACUUGACAUUUUGUUAAAUAAAUUGUUUUAUUGAAAUUUUAUAAAUCUUAUGCCUUAAGACACAAUUCGAGUUUUUCAAAAAUACUUACCUUGUUAGUAAAUGAUGAAUAUUUAUGUAAAAGUCCUAUAAACAAUAGAAUGCUUGGCAAAUAAGUGUAACCUCAUGUUUAGCUGCACUACACAAUCUUGAGAGAGAGAAGAAUCUAAUCUUUGAUCUGAAUCCUCAACUAGUUGCUCAUACAGCCAUAGAUUUAUGUUUACCUGAUGUUUAUCUCGAUUGACUUGACAUAUGUCAACGACAAAGGAAAAUAAAUGAAAAGGAAGUUUAAAAAAGGGUACAAAAAAGGGAAGUGAUGUUAACAUUUGACAAUGAAGGUGAUGGGUAGACAUAUUAAAACAAAAUCUGGAGAUAAAACAGUUUUAAACUAGUACAUCUUCAAACCAAAAGUGUUGAUUGCUAUCUUCAGCUGUAGUAGUGAAGGUACCAGCCGCAUUGUGAUUAAUCAUUUUAAAGGGAACUAUAUGAAGCUGCCUUCACUUACAGUGGAAAUUACUAAAUUUGCUAAUCAUGCUAUAAAAAUGGUAAGUUACAGAAAAUUAUUCUACAUCAUACAAGUUCACUGGGUAAAAAUGUCUUGCUCAAGCAAUAAAACAGUAAUGUUCUGUUAUAGUAAUAUAACCUUAAUUCUUAGUUCAAAGAAAGCGUUUCAGAAACAUACCCACAUGCUAUUUUGUCCAACAAUACAUUUAACUGUAUUGCCUUUGGAAACAAAAAGUUAACAUACUAGAAAUGUAUAAUGAGACUACUUUAAACAUCUGAACAGUCUAUAAGAACGAGCUUUUAAUCAAUUGUUAAUGAGUUAGCACAUAACUACUACUAAAAAAAAUAGAAAUAGAAAUUUCUACAGAAAAGAAAUAGAACUUUGUGUUUCUUUUUUUCUUGAAUGUAUUAUGAAGUAUUUUUAUAA